AUGGGAAACUUAUUUACUAGAGAGCGAAUUAAUAAACCAUUAAUGAUGAGCAAAGCUGAUGUGGAUAGGGAAGAAUUCAGUUAUGUUGACGGCAGAAGGUUUCAUAAUAUACAAUCUUCAAAGUAUCCUCUUCCAAAUGAUGAUGAGGAAUGCGAUAGGUUACAUAUGCAACACUUUUUGAUGAGAUAUGCCUGGCAAGGUAACUUUGCUUCUCCCAUAAAACAUAUCUUGAAUGGCGAAAAUUCCAAAAUUCUUGAUGUUGGAUGUGGUGCUGGUUCCUGGUCAUUUGAAAUGGCAUCAAAUUAUCCGAAUUCUAAUGUCACCGGCGUAGAUAUCUCUCCCGUUCAACCUUUAGAAGUUAAACCAAAAAACGUUACAUUUAUUCAAGCAAACAUUCUUGAUGGGUUAAAGUUUGCCGAUGAAACUUUUGAUUUUAUCUUUCAACGUUUCUUGGUUGGCGGAAUUCCAAAAGACAAAUGGUCAUCCGUCAUUGAGGAACUAACCAGAAUGUUAAAGCCUGGAGGUUAUUUGGAGCUGAUGGAAUUUAAUGUAUUAUCUGAAAGUUUAGGUCCAAGUUCAACUAUAUACGGAAAUGCUUUGAUCACUUUAUGCGAGCAACGAAAUCUUGAAUCAAAAAUGGUUCCAAAGUUAAAAUAUUAUGUUGAGCAACAAGAACAAUUUGAAGAAAUUAAAGAAGAAGGCAAACUUAUAUGUGGGGGCAGAGAAGCCGGUAAACUUGGUCAAACGAUGAAUGAAGAUAUCAUGAGAUUUUACGAAAAUAUGAAAAUCGUGAUGAUGCCAAUUUUACAAGUAACUAGCGAAGAGUAUGAUGAAAUGAUAAAAACCAUAAAAGAAGAAUGGUUUGAACGUAAUAGUUAUUCUCGUUUCGUUCGUGUUUAUGCUAGAAAAAUCAAAACUGACUGUUACUCGGAUCGCGUAUAA